CACGAUCCAAACUGUCAAACGUACAACCAAGGACAAAGGACAUUCCGAUUCGCCACACAAGCUCCCUGCCCCUCCGGCAGCGCCAUGCUGCAGGAACUCUCGCACAUGGACCGUAUCACCCAACUUCAAGAUGAGAUCCAACGCCUCCUGACAAUCAUGUCAAGCACCAUCGCCUACCUCACCGCCAGGUCUACGUUCCUACAAGUCAGCGAGGAGAUACCCAUAACAAAGAUUCGCAAUACGGACAAGUACGAUCCCCCAGAAUUAUUCGAAGCAAACAAGAACGAGCUUGUUCAGGAUCUUAUCGUAAAGGCAAAACAAAUCGAAUAUCUCAUCCAGUCAUUACCCGUCCCUGAACCAGAACAACAGCAGGCAAAUCGACUUCAAGCACUGGAACAACAAAUGCAAGACGCAAAUGAAGAAUAUAUCCAAGCGGUUGACCGUGCCAAAAACCUCCAUCGAAAAAUAUCCGAAUUUCUGAGGACUAUGUUGGACAACGCAGAUGGUCCGGUUGAACCCGUUCGCUGAUUUAGACCCGUCUCAGCGGACCAUUUGCAUGAUACGACAGAGCCCAGACAGAUGUUGAACACUGUUCGGUCAAUAGUUCCCUCUCAUCGUCAUCCAAAAAGACGCUGUCAACAAAGACAUGAGCCACGGUGAUCAACAAAUGAUGCAACUAUAUCACGUCGUCAAUACACAUCAUGCGUUCCUACGCUACGUAAAUGUACAAAUUGCGAUCUUCUUCAUCCCG